UUUUCGGGCUUGUGGGCUGUGGCUUACUGGCUACUUUGUUUGGGCAAGAUAAUAGAUAGCGAGUGUCUACAUAUCAGUAGAACUUAACCAAGGAUUCCUAGGAGUCUAGGACGGAUCGGCGUCGUACUUUCAAGUCCUUUACCUUACACGGAGUAAUUUUUAGUUUAUGUUUUAAUUUUUAGGAGAGAUUAGGAAAAGUCUGGUAAGAUUCGUUUUUCUACAAUUUGUGAUACUCGUGCUUAAUCUCAACCUCUAUUGUCUUUCCUGCUAUAUAUCACAGUCAUGGUUAUUGCGUUUGGGGGCUACGAAAUCUGAUUACUUUGGGUAUUAAUUUAUUACUUCAGAUUUGAAUUUCGGGGCUCUAAGAAAUCGUGUUAUAGUUACGAUGUUUGGCUUGGGAGUUUUGAGUACAGGAGGAUCGUCUUCUUCCUCCAAUUUAUCACCUUUGGCAGAGCCAUUUACUGUCGAUCGAUCCAGCAGUUUGAAAUUCAAUUCGAGCUUCUCGUAUUCGCAUGAAGAUUCUACGAAAACAACUUCAGCGCAAGAAAGCUCGAUUUCACAGUCUGCUAUCCCGAGUAGCCCCUACUGGUCCGCUCAAUCCCUGGGAGCUAAUACUUCGAUUGAUGAUUUUUCAUAUGUUUCGGAAGGUAGUAGGCCUUAUUAUCCUGUUUCUCAUGCAUCCCAGUUGGUUAGUAACAAUACCCCCUCCUUGUCGGCCAUUAAUGAACCAGGUCCUGAGUUGUUACCUACCUCUGGGGUUGUGCCUGGGUGUGUAUCGUCUCAAGUGGACUACACACAGAGCUUGGCUGGUUUGCAAUACUCACAUUCCUCUGGUGUUUGGAAUGGACUGACUGAUAAUAUGGAACUUGGUAAACAUAUGGGAGGUAGUGGUAGUUUGUGUUAUGACAUUGCAACUGCUGAAGGUUCAAAUCUACUAAAAAAUCCAAUUAAGCAAGGAGGAGUUCAUUCCCUUGAGUGUGGAACCAAACCUUAUGAAUCUGGCACUUUUCGUGAGAAUUCUACUGAGAGUGAAACACGUGAUGGAUUUAUGAAGAGGAGACAUUUCACAGGCAAGUCAUACCAUGUUAAAGAACAAGACUUGUAUCCUUCUAUGCCCUUAACAUCUUCUGAACUGCAUUUAAGUGGUCAAUUCAUGGAAGCAUCUAAGGGUUACAUGAACUAUGGCAAACCUUACAAUCCUCAAUGGAUUAAACCACUUGAUUCUUCCCACACACGUGAUAACAUACCUGUACCGAAAUCCACGACAACUGUGGUCAUUAGGCCACCAACUGCUGGUGACAUUUCAUCAUCCACAAAAAGGGCCGCUUCUUUGAAAAAUGAACACAUUGGCAAUUUUUCAACAAUUCAGGUCGAUGGAAUGUGUAGCUUCCUUGACUCUUUGAAAGGUGAAGAAGUUCUCCAGACACCGAGUUCUAUAGGAAAAGGUUUUGUUCCUUUGAGCCCUAAUCAACUUAACAGGCUCAAAGAUGAUGAUGAUAGCUGUAGCAACUUCAACGCAUCUUCACUGUGGUCUCUAAAGGAAAACAUGACAAUGCAGUCCCAUGCUAAUGAUGCCUUGAAACAAACAUUUGAAUCUAGCUCUGGAUCACAUGCUACUUUUACAAAAGUGUUGGAUGAUAUCUCUUUGGUCAACAAUAGUAUCCAAGCUGUUCGGUACAAUGAAAGUUUUCUAGAUGGUAUGGAUCAGCAUAACCCUAGUGUUGAUUCACCUUGCUGGAAAGGAGCUUCGGCAUCUCGAUCUCCUUUUAAUGCUGAUGCGAAUCAUUUUCCUCCAGAAGUUUCUUCAAGUGCCACUUCCCAUGUGCUGCAAUCUGAAAGCAAUGUUUUGCAUAAUGAAAAAGAGCAUCUGUCAGUUGGUGCAGAAAAAGUAGAACUGGGGGCCCAGAUUCAGGAUUCUUGUGACCUAAACAUGAAUGAUGCCUCUGAAGGUUGUAAUGUUGCUCUUCAUGCUGCUGAGAAUGUUUUGCAUUCACCUAGUACUCAGGACGAUCCUGAGCAUGCUCUUAUGUAUGGAAGGCUAUCACCGUGUCCAAAGACGGAUGUUCAAUCUCUGGUCAUGUCUAUUCACAGCCUCUCAGGGUUGCUUCGGUUUCAGUGUUUAGCGAAUGAGUUCACUCUCAGAGAGCAAGAUUAUGAGACCCUAAAGCACGUUAUAAGAAAUCUCAAUGAUUGUAUACCUAAGAGGAUAGAAACUAUGAAUACGGCCCCGGAAAAGGUGUUAGCUCUGCAGGAUACUGUGGAUAAAAUUGGGGAAGGAUUCCAUACGGAUACUGGUUUGACACUGCCCCAUUUAAAGAUUAAUAAAUCUGCUAGUUCUGUACAUGGCCAGCCUGGUGAUCAGCAUAUCCUCCACUGCAACGAGAAAGAUGAGAGUCUUAAACUUUUUGCCUCAAGUGAUAGUCUUAACAUUUCAAAAGAGGAUAAUAUGUCACGGGCAAUCGGGAAGGUCUUAAAUGAGAACUUUCAAUUUGAUGGAGAAUUAAAGUCACAGGCUCUACUCUUUAAGAACUUAUGGCUUGAGGCAGAAGCAAAAUUGUGUUCCAUCAGUUACAAAGCUCGUUUUGAUCGUAUGAAGGUUGCCAUGGAGAUGCAAAGUUCCACAAGGGUUGUAGAUGGAAGUAUAGGUUCUGCAGAAAAUGUUUCAAGUUCCAUUUGUGUGUCUGAUUUUAAGGCUGGUGAACGCUCAUUGCAAAAAUCAGACAUUCAGAGUCCAUCUAUUUCUCGCAGUGCCAAAGAUAACCUUGAUGUUGAGAUUGCUUCUGUCAUGGACAGAUACAAUAUCUUGAAAGAUAGGGAUUCAACUUCCUUAUCAACAUUUUUGGACAAGGAACGAGAUCCAGAUGUGGUUCAUACAAGUUUUGCAGGUGGAAAGAGUGACAGCCGGCCACAUAUAGGCAGGAUGGAGAUGCAAAAUUCCAUUACAGCAAAAGCAAAAGUUAUGCCAUACAAAUCCUCAGCAACCACCGAGAUUAUUUCAAGAUCGCAAUCAUUUCCUGGAAAAUGCGUAUAUUCCUCAAUGGCAGCUAACGUUGGAGGUAGCUUAGCUCCCGAUUCAAAUAUCCAGAAUACUUCCAUUGCACGUUGCAAUAUUGACACUGACAGUUCAAUCAUGGCAAGAUUGAACAUUCUGAAAGGCCGGGAAGCGAACUGCAGUUCAUACAUAGGUGAGGAGCAAUUUGAGCCAAUGCACGUGCAAGUGCCAGAAGAAAAUAUUUCAAAUGCAAGCAUGAUGCAUCCUUUCAUGCAUCGCCCUGCCGUGACGAUCAGUGGUACUGGCCCGUUUGCUGCCGCAGAUGGUUUUGGAAAAGAAUCCAUGAAAGAGUUUCUUCUCCACUCAGCUUCAAUUGAUGCAGUCCCACAAACAAAGAGACAUAACAGAGCAAAUCCUGGAGCAGCUUCUUCAGCAUUGUACAAUACUUCGUCGUCUGAUUGGGAGCAUGUACUGAAGGAUGACUUUGCUGCAUGGUACAGUUGAAACAUUCAUAUUUUCCACAAUAUCAGCAAGCCUUCAUAUGUUGUAUAUGGUAUGUAUGUAUUAUUUUUUUCAGAGAAUUGGAUGGUGCAUCAGAUACCUUAACCUUGCUAGUAGUGUUGCACUUUCUACUUGUCUAUAUAAUUUCUUAAAAACAUAAAGGAAACAAAUAAUUAAAAAAUGCUCUAAAUAGAAGUAACCGAGUAAAAGCAAGUUAAUAUUUC